CACUGGCAUAUCUUCAUGGAAUAUUUUCUGGUGCCUAGACCAUCGGUUUAUUCCAGCAGCAACUGGACAAAAUUGCGGAUCUAGAGGCUAAUAUGGCCAUUCCUAACCAAUGUCGUUGAGGACUGGCGUUCGCUCACUACUUGUGGAAUCAACAGCUCUGCCUACUGCCUUCGAUUUUGGCCUCUCAGCGGAGAAUAGAGUCUUCAUAACCAUUCAAGUGGCGGUCCCUCGCUGUUAAUUAAGCAGUCAUCGUCAGGUGUUCGAGUUAAAAUGUACGGGAGGGAGCGCAACAGCAACAGUGUCAGUACUAGUAACCGUGAUAUUCGCAGAUCAUCCCGUGAGGAUUUGAUCCGACGGGACACGACACCCAAACGACUUCGUGUUCUUCCAUUUAAAAAUACAGACGAAGUCGAGGAAGAAGGUCAGAAUGAUACAACAGAAACAGCGGAGAAAGAAACAGGAGGCGAGGGAUCGAACCCUGCCUGGUGCAGCUGUAGUGUGCGGAAUGCAGCCUUCACCGUGUGGCCUCAUCUGAAAAUAGUCAUCCUCAACGUGGCGUAUCUCGGGUUCGGCGCCUGGGUCUUCUGCACAUUGGAAUGUGAAGGGCAAAAGGCGAGGCAUCCAGACCUGCCGGCCAGCCGCCAUCUUGUCCUUGACAGGUUACAGGCCGCGGUGAACAACACCACCAGUUUUGAGAAUUGGACAAAAAUUGCAGACCUGGAAAUGGCGAGACACGAAGAGAUGGUUGUUCAGGCACGACAAGAGUUUGUCUGGGGAACCAACGGCUCGUCCCCACCCUACCUGUCGGACCCUUCCCGGGCCGUGUUCUUUGCGGCUGUAGUGGUUACCACAAUCGGUUACGGCCACGUCACGCCCCAGACGACCGGAGGGCGAGUCUUCCUGAUGUUCUACGCCUUGUUCGGCAUGCCGCUGAUGCUGGCGUGGCUAGCCGACAUCAACCGUCUGGUGGGCCGCCUGCUGCAUUUUCUGGUCGGGAAGAUCAACUCGGUCGUGCGCCCGGAGCUGCCCGCCGAUAAAGCACGGAGAGUUCCAGUGUGGGUGAUCGUGCUGCUAUUGGUCAUCUACCUGCUAGUCGGCGCUGGUGUACUGUGCUUCUGGGAGGACUGGACGUUCAUGGACAGCCUGUACUACACGUACAUAACCGCCAGCACCAUAGGGUUUGGUGACAUAGUCCCCACCAAACAGCUGUACGUGCUGAUCGUGUUCCCCUACAUCCUGCUGGGACUGUCCCUGGUGUCCAACUGCUUCAGACUCAACCAGGAGGCGGCCCACUGGGUUGACGAGCGUUUCUGCGGCGCCCGGCGGGUGUACCGGCGGGGCGCGUGCCCGUGCUGCGGGCUGCUCAACACACAGAAGAUGAGACCGGAGGACCUGGUCCUGGUGCGGAGGAUGGCGCUAAAGUGGCGCCGCAUGUCCGAGCACCGUAAGCACACCGUGGUGUACCUGCUGCCCAUGUGGAUGGUGUGGGAUGACUUGGAAGAGGACACACAGAACCAGACGCCUGCCGACUCCGGCCGCAGCACGGCUACCACCCCUGAUCAUUGACGGGUCGUUAUUACUGCACCACUCACCAGUCACCACGCACGAUAAGAUUACCAGAAAUAUCAGAAGCCAAAAAAUACUACCAACUCUUGCCAAGGAGGUUCUAACAAGCAUAAAGCCUACUUGCCCUCUGACAAUCAGUUUUUAUGUAUCCACAUAUGUGGAACGACUGCUACAGACUGCUGAUCGCCAUUGGUUAAUGACCGGUGCACGGGCAACUUAGACACCAUCUUAGUCCCUCUUUGAGGGUAUGGGCGACGUCCUAGCCUUUAUGAAGUCUACAUAUGUACAUUUUGUCACGGAUAGAUAUGGUAGACCUGAAUUCACCUGACAAGCAUUACCGACUCUAAAG